AUGAGCGAACCCACCAUCGGACUUGACCGCCGCCGCUUUCUUGGGACGGCUGCUGGCAUUAGCGCCGGGCUGGGCGCGAGCGCACUUGCCCACGGCAAGACGGCUGGCGAAGCGCCCGCUGCUCCAGAGAUCGGCGCCGUUCCGCCGCCGCCGAUGGUCACGCUCGGCAACACGGGCAUCCGCACCACGCGGCUCGCGCAGGGGACCGGCGUCGCCGGCGGCAAUCGGCAGUCGAACCAGACGCGGAUGGGCUUCGAGAAAUUCGUCUCGCUCAUCCAUCACGCUUACAACCGCGGCGUCCGCUUCUUCGACCUCGCCGACCUCUACGGCACGCACCUCUACUUCCGCGAAGCCCUGCGAACGAUCCCGCGCGACGAGGUGACGAUCCUCAGCAAGCUGUGGUGGCGCUACGACGGCCCCGAGGCCAACACGUCCGCCGCGUUCCGUGAGCAGGUCACCAAGAGUGCGCUGGAACGUUUCUGCCACGAGCUCUCGACCGACCGCGUCGACAUCGUGCUCUUACACUGUUUGAUGGAUGCGAAGUGGCCCGAGCAGAUGAAGCCGUACCGUGCGGCGCUCGAAGACGCCAAGUCUCGUGGACAAGUGAAGGCGAUGGGCGUCUCGUGCCAUGACUUUGGCGCGCUAAAGACGGCGGCCCAGACCGACUGGGUCGAGGUGAUCCUCGCCCGUACGAACCCCGAAGGGGUAAAGAUGGACGCGUCGCCCGCCGAGACGAUCAUCGGCAUGAAGAUCAUCGGCGAAGGCCAGCUCGCCGACGACCGCGACCGCUGCAUCGCCUAUGCCCAGCAGCACGACUGGCUCGACGCGAUGACGAUCGGCUUCGAGAAGCCCGAGCAGAUCGACGACAUCCUCCGGCUCUUGGCGAAGCACCCCGCGGUGAACGC